GUCCUACCGCUGCGGCAAAGCAGAUUGCCAUCAUGGGCCUCUCCCAUCCCGAUCAUGGUGGUGGUGGAGGAGGAGGAGGAUGCGGAUGUCCGUCACAUGACGAGUCUCACUGCGAACACGAGGACGUGGGGGGGUUUCAUCUUUGGCCGAGACAAGACGUUCCCCCCGGCAGCGUCGGCGGCGUCCCCCAGAAGAGACACCUCUCGCUGUCGGCUCAGAACAACAACAUGCCUUUCUUCAAGUCCUCCCUGAUCUCCACCUGCCAGGUGUUCCCUCAACAGACCCUCCCGGAGGACCCUUUGAUAUCUGCAACGUUCUGCUCACAGGAGGGCUUCACGGGUACCCAGUGCAACGGAGACGACGGCGGGAGAGGCCUGCGCCAAUACCACCACCAACAACAUCAUCAACAACAACAACAACAACAACAAAAACAACACCAACAACCUUCCAACCAUUUUAAAGGCGAAGACGGCUGCGUACCAGCCCCAAAGAAUCUGUUCAACAUCCCGCUGAAUUCCCUCGAGUUCGGGGAGAAGAACCUGCUGUUGCCUCUGUCGAAACCUCAGGACGGAGAUCCAGGCUCGACGGAGGCCGAACGCCGGUCGAGAGAACUUUCCGGAACAGAAACCCGUUCUUCGCUCGUGUUGAACCCCCUGAACUUCUCUGACUCCCCCUUCACCAGCAGUCCCUGGAUGAAAGGUUCACCUCCCGACCAAAGUGCAGAUUCCCUUUCAUUCGGCCACCGUGGCUCUCUUGAAAACCAACACCGAGCUGACAAAAGGCUCUAUCACGCGCAAAAUCAGAACAACGAUGAGUCCCAGCUCAGUCCCACCGGGUCCAGGGUCUCCCUGCUCCGGGGAACCGGGUCUCCGCCGUGCAACGGGGCCAUCGACAACCCGGGACUCGCCCCAAACGGGGACGCGGCCAGACCGUCGGCCGAGGGCCGCCAGGGCGCGUUCCACCCCUCCCGCGGCCCGGACGCGGACCCAGCCGAGCCGCGGCCCCCCCGGCUCCUCUGCCGGGCCGUCCCGGAGGACGCCUUCUCUAAGACCAGCCGGGAGGAGCCCAGCGAGGCGGGGAGCGCCCGGCUGGAAGAGGCCGGCGGGACGCCGGCGCCGUCGCCACCAAAGAAGAACCGGGACAUCGGCCACCGGCUGGGCCAGCGCCGGGCGCUGUUCGGCAAGAGGAAGCGGCUCAGCGACUUCGCCCUGGUCAGCGGGAUGUUUGGCAUCGUCGUCAUGGUGAUCGAGACGGAGCUGUCCAGGGGGUUUUACACCAAGGAUUCUGUGUACUCGUUUGUCCUUAAAGGCAUGAUCAGUGUCUCCACCGUGGUGCUGCUGGGGCUCAUCGUGAUGUACCACGCCAGGGAGGUCGAGCUGUUCAUGGUGGACAACGGGGCGGACGACUGGCGCAUCGCCAUGACCUGCGAGCGGAUCCUCUUCGUGGCCCUGGAGCUGGUGGUGUGCGCCGUGCACCCCGUCCCCGGCCGCUACGUCUUCACCCGGGCGGCCCGCCUGGUCUUCAGCCACGCGCCCUCGGAGGCGGACGCCGACCUGGACAUCCUGCUCUCCGUGCCCAUGUUCCUGCGCCUCUACCUGAUUGGCCGCGUGACGCUGCUGCACAGCAAGCUCUUCACGGACGCCUCGUCGCACAGUAUCGGUGCCCUGAACAAGAUCAGCUUCGACACGCGCUUCGUGAUGAAGACUCUGAUGACCAUGUGUCCCGGGACGGUGCUUCUGGUCUUCAGUGUUUCCUGCUGGGUGAUCGCUGCCUGGACCGUGCGCGUGUGUGAGAGGUACCACGAUGCCCAGCAGGUGACCAGCACCUUCCUGGGGGCCAUGUGGCUCAUCUCCAUCACCUUCCUGUCCAUCGGAUAUGGGGACAUGGUCCCUCACACCUACUGUGGCAAAGGGGUGUGUCUGCUGACCGGCAUCAUGGGCGCGGGCUGCACAGCGCUGGUGGUUGCCGUUGUAGCGAGGAAGUCGGAGCUCACCAGAGCAGAGAAGCACGUCCACAACUUCAUGAUGGACACUCAGCUUUAUAAAAAGGUGAAAAACACAGCAGCCAACGUUCUGAGGGAGACAUGGCUGAUCUACAAGUACACCAAACUGGUGAAGAAGAUUGAUCACGCUACUGUACGUCACCACCAAAGGAAGUUUCUACAGGCCAUCCACCAAUUACGCAGGGUCAAAAUGGAGCAGAGGAAACUAACUGACCAGGCCAACACAGUUGUUGACAUCGCAAAGACCCAGAACAUGAUGUACGACCUGGUGUCGGAGCUCCAGCGGCGCAGCGAGAACCUGGACCAUCGGAUCGCCGCGCUGGAGGAGAAACUGGACUCGGUCCUGCUGGGAGUGCAGUCCCUGCCCCUGGUGCUGUCCCAGGCCAUCGCUAAGCAACAGAAGGACUUCCUGGACAACCUGUCCUACCAGGUGCACUUCCUCCCCUCCUCCCUGGCUGUGGCUGAGGGUGGAGGUGGGGGGGCGGCCCCACGGCAGCUGUGCCCCCCCUCCACCGCACCCGACGACUCAUACCGCUGUUGAGGCUCGGGUGUACCCCACUUUUCUCGUCUGGCAUUAGUACAAUUAAGGUACCAUCUUGUCUAUCAAACUUUUGUUUGAAAUGGCACCAUGGCAAGGCAAAAACUGCAAACUGUAACUUUUGAUAGUUUUAAGCUAUGGUGCUGUUUUAUGGCUCUGGACAUUAGAAUGUGCACAACUUUAGACUGAACUUAGUUGUAGUUAAAGAGCUUAUAUUUUGGGCUACUGUGUAUGUUACCUGUAACCAAAUUGUAUCCACAAUGACUCUUUUAACUUGAUUAUUAUUUCUAAACUGUAACACAGCAGCACUUUUCUAAGGGUUUUAAGGUCGCUAUUUUGUUAUCUGAAAGAGAUGUGUCUAGUUUUAUUACUUCAUAAAUAUUGCAUUUAAUUGAAUGUGAACAGGAAAGUGUAAUUAUGGACUUGUUUAAAGAAGCCUUUUGAUGAGAUUGUAUGCAUGAAUAAACUAAUA